AGAUUCACCACUUGCGCACCGACAUGUAUAUACGGUAAUUGCUGUUGUUCAUACCCUUCCGACGCUAUACCACACAUCUUUUUUGGGGGGCCCUCUGACAGUUUACAAGAUGUGGCUCGUCCUAUUGGCCGUGCAAGCAUUUUGGCUUUCUCUUGCCAGUGCAUUGAGCGGACAGGUACCGCUGAAGAGCUUAGAAGAGGCCAGAGGAUACAAUCCGGGAGAACCAAUACCUGUCAGUUGCUUGAACAGGACAAUAGAUACAGGUGAACAUAUCACAGACGCAGCCGGCCAUCUCCAAUAUAUCCCCUUCCCGAUAUGCAAUGAAACGGGCAGAUCUCUGGAGCUGUUCUUUGGGGUGGAGAAAGACAUCAAUUGCACUAUCGACUUCGUAACGGACGAAUUCUUUCACCUGCUAGAGUUCUACAUCCACAGCGACGCACCGCUCAGCUGCCGCAUCCCUUCCAAGCCCCUGCCUCCCUCCGUCCUCGAGAACGAAUACAGAGUCAGCGACGAGUCGACGCAGGAGGGCGCGUUGGGUACGCAGAGCACGCUCUAUACACCGUUAAUCAUCGCGUUGGCAGGUACACUGCAAUUGAGCCAUUUACACGUCGGCAACUACCUCAACCUGCUCGUCCACGCCGCUCCGAAAUCUACCUCUCCAGGCACCGUGGAUGCCGCUACAGCGUACUCUAUCGCCUCGCACACGCGCAAUACGAAGAUCACUAUCGGUGACUCCCUCCCGUUGUCCUUUUCUGUGCGCUGGUAUCCUAGCACGACGCUGCCGCCGGGUUGGAGUGGCUAUGGUGGCCAUAUCUACACGAGCACGUUGAUAUACUGCUUACUGAGUGCGGUGGCAAGCGCGGCAAUUUGUGUUGUGUACUUCAGGGGCGUGGAGUUGCCGAGGAGAUUGAAGCGGUAUGCUACGGAUAGGAUGAACGGUGGUGGGGGGAAGUUCGGGAGCGGAGGCAGCGGGUAUGGACUGCCUGUUGCGAAUGGAAGAGGAGGGGGAAUGGGAGGUGGAUAUGGGCUGGGAGGAUAUGGGUACGGCGGAGGGAGCGGGAGUGGGAAGAAGGAUUAAGGGCAUUAGCUAAAGGGGACUCGUAGAGGCUUAGUCCGCAUCGGUACAUACAGGCUGAAGGCGCUGAAGGGAUUAUUGAGGUUGUUCUGGGUAUAUUUGCGUUCAAAAGUAGUGUAGAGUGUGCAUAUCGAAUUUUGCGUGUAGAUCUUAAUGUUAUUGUAUGAAUAUAGCACAGCCAAA